UUAUUUCGUUCCGCAAUCUCGACUGUUAAAACUGCACAAUAUAUUUGGAGGUAUGCUACUCGUACCUACUGCUCACAAUUUUGGCCCCUGUCGAAGAAGUCCUUUAGUAUAUUUUAAUAUUUCUUGAGGAUUCUUCAUUUGUUCAGCCAAAAACAUUGACGAAUGGUUGUCAGAAGGAGGUCUAACCUAUCUGGGAAUAUCGUGGGUUAUGAGGUCAACUUGAGAUACAAUAGGCGUAUCGUUGGGUAUAAUGAAUAAUGAUUGGCUCCCUUUAUCUCGUUGUGUUCACAUCACAGAAUUUUCGUAACAAGUUUGCAGUAGAAACAGGAGUUAUACAAACUAUAGCAAGCCGUCGAUAAGAUUCAAAUCAAAUACGUUUUGUUUUACUUUCUAUUUAGUAUGAAAAGUGCAGCGAACGGUACAAUUUAAUUUUCGUCCGCUUUUGUCUUGAAUCACAUGCAUGAAUAGCGACGAAUUAACGUCAUGACUGUUCCAAAACUCGGAGAUGAACUACAAAAACCCGUGGCAGUGACAGAUGAUUCAAAUUCAGCGGAUAAGCCAAAUUUGAAAGGAGAUUGGUUGAAUUUUUUCCUAUUGAUAUUGCUGUACACGAUGCAAGGCAUACCAUUAGGCAUAGCAUCGGCAAUGCCGAUAAUUUUGCAAAGCAACAAAAAUGUAUCUUACAAAGAUCAAGCUUUAUUUAGUCUAGUCGCAUGGCCGUUUAGCCUAAAACUGAUAUGGGCCCCUUUGGUGGACGCGUUAUACGUACAAAAAAUUGGAAGACGAAAAUCUUGGCUCAUACCUGUUCAAUAUUUAAUGGGAGCAUGCUUCAUUUAUAUGGCCGGCAAUAUCGACGAGUGGUUGCCAGAAACACGAAAGCCGGAGAUACUAAAAUUGGUAUCAGUAUUUUUCUUCGCGAAAAUCUUGGCCGCUACUCAAGACAUAGUGGUCGAUGGUUGGGCACUGACAAUGCUCAAGAAGAAUAACGUAGGCUAUGCUUCUACGUGUAAUGCAUCCGGUCAAGUGAUGGGCACAAUGAUAAGUUCUGUGUUUUCCGUCUUGUUGACUUCAGAAGACUUUAGCAACAAGUACUUACGGAGUGAACCGGGUGUGGGAGGAGUGUUCACUAUGAAAUGUUUAUUCUAUGUCUGGGGUAUUCUAUUUACAUUAAUAACUACAUUGAUUGCAAUUUUCAAAAAAGAAAAAGAUAACAGAUUAGAGGACGACCACGUAAAGCUCAACAUUGUUCAAAACUAUUCACUAUUAUGGGACAUUUUAAAACUACCAAAUAUUCAAUUAUUGGCAAUAUCAUUGCUGACAGCGAAGAUUGGAUUUGCUGCAACUGAUAGCGUGUCAAUUUUAAAACUCAUUGAUGCAGGAGUACCAAAAGACAACAUUAUGGUUAUACACACAACAAUGUUUGUUGUAAAAAUGAUUUUACCACUUCUUGUAGCGAAAUACACGUCUGGGCCAAAACCGAUGAACAUAUACCUAACAGCAACUCCUUUCAGAUUACUUUGGAACAUUUCAUUUUUGGCGUUUAUUUAUUAUACACCGAGAUUGAUAACAAUGAAUGGGUUUGUCAAUAUUCCAAUAUAUUACUAUGCACUUUUGGUAUUUAUAUUAUCAAUACAUGAUAUUCUAGCCAACAUUAUGACUGUAUCUAUAUUAGCUUUUUUCUCUCGAAUAAGUGAUUCACGUUUUGGUGGUACCUACAUGACUUUAUUGAAUACACUUUCAAAUUUGGGAGGAGCAUGGUCGUCUUCGGUCGCUAUUGGAAUGAUAGAUUUCCUAACUUUUAAAGAAUGUUCUUUAGAUCACAAGAAUAAUUGCUCUACACCAAAUCUAAAAAACAUGUGUAAAACCAAUGGAGGUGAUUGUAUUGUUAUAGUCAACGGUUAUUACGUAGAAACGGCUGUUUGUACCAUUAUCGGAAUCAUUUGGUUUUGUGUUUUCAGAAUUAUCCUUAAAAAAGUUCAAACUAAGAGCCCUUCUCAUUGGUUGGUCAAUAUAAAGAAACCUUCAAGUUAGAAAAAUGAAAUAAAUGUAUAAUAUUGCUUUUUGUAUAUUUUUAGCCGUAGUAAUCAUAGUAAUUAACAUUUCGAAGGCCUAUAUAUAAAUUAUAUAUAUUGUAAUUUAUUUAUUAUUUUUGUGUUAUAGAUCAAAAAUUGUUAUUAGGUUCUCUAUUGAGACAUUUAAUUAUAAUGUUAUAGCAAUGUUAUUACUAAUUAUUCCUCUAUAAUGUUAGAUUUGUAUCUAUUCUAUGGUCGCAGCAUACCGGUUCGAUAGGAAUCAAGUUAUAAUAUGAAUAUAAUAUCAUCUAUUUAUGAAGAAAUCGAGAUGUUUAACUAGAGAUAACUAGAGAUGACUAGAGUUUGUACGCAAAUGCGGCCGCUGAACAACUUUUCAUCAACUCUUAAGACAUCAGUCACUUCAAACGCCUGAAGCCGUAUGGCAUAGUUUAAGUCACUAAGAACAUUGACUACCUCAUCGGAGAUACAACUCCAAUCAUGUAUUAUGUAUUAUACCUUACUCACCUAUUUUUCACUGUACUUAUAAAUGUCCCUAGGUUGUUUAAUUAAAGAUGCUUUAGGGUACCUAGUUAAUUAUUUUCUAGUUUCAUUUUUAACAAGGAUACCCGGCACAUUAUAAUAUAAUAUGAAUGAUAACUUAAGCUAUUUAUUCUAUUUAUUCAAAUUAUUUCAUAAUGACAUAGUGAAGAGUUUGAUGUGAAAAGAUUAUAGGCAUGUUUAAUUGGAGGACUAAAAUAAUUAAUAAUUAAUAAUUAAUUCAGGGUAGUUGCUAUAGAAAUCUAUACGAAUUUCGACCAUCGAUUGUGAUCAAAGUCGAUAAACGUGUGUAUAAUGUUGUCAGUUAACAUAGAUAGUUAGAUUAAUAAUAUUCCUAUAAUACCAGGAGUAUGUAUUCAAAUGCUUACAAUAAUUUGAUUUUAAAUUUAUUUAAUAUAUUAGUUAUAUGUUUCCGAUUUAGUGAACUAAGAUAUACAAAUUUAAUCAUUUAAGUGACGUGGAAUACUACUUCCUUAACCGAUUAGUCGUGUUAUCUACAAAAUAACUGUCGAGAUAAGUGUUUUAUUCUGACAAUAUUUAAGGCCAUCUAAAAACUUACUUAUUGGUGCGAUCAGUGGUACACAGAUAUUUUUAUACAUUGGAGGAGUUAUAUAGAAAAAUCUUAUUUUUGUAUAAUAUUUAUUUCAAAAUAUUUUAUUAAUUGUAUUUAUUUGUAUACAUCUAUAUUUGUAGAAAAAAAUACAGAAUACCCCCGCUCCGUGUGUACCCCACUGGGUGAAAUUAGUGAAAGUCUUCUGGUUUUGAAGACACAGAGGUACCUACAUUAAUAUUAUGUGUUAAAAUAUUAGUGUUUGAUAGCUCAUAAGACAUUGGUGUAAGUUUAAAUUUAAAAUUAGAAAUUUAUAUUUAUUGGUAAAAAAUCGUAUAAAUAUAUUGUUGUAGUCCGAUAAUAGCAAAAGAGGGAGCGGGGAAAUAGAUAUUUUAUGCAACAAUUUUUUUGUUUUUUGUAAAAAGUGACUACUUUAUUUGUCUAAAGAUUUGUUGUACGUGCAGCGUGAAUUACUAUUCACCCACCAAAUAAAUAUAAAUAAUUUUUUUGAAUUAUGGGGU